AAUUAAUAAAAUUUAAUAAUUAAGAUGCUGAUUAAAGUAAAGACGCUUACCGGCAAAGAAAUUGAAAUCGAUAUCGAGCCCACAGAUAAAGUUGACCGAAUUAAAGAGCGUGUAGAAGAAAAAGAAGGUAUACCACCUCAGCAGCAGCGUUUAAUAUUCUCCGGGAAGCAAAUGAAUGAUGAUAAAACUGCUGCGGAUUAUAAAGUUCAAGGGGGUUCUGUUCUGCAUUUAGUACUGGCGUUGCGUGGUGGACUUAUAGAACUGCAGAUUUAAUAGCAACUAAAUAUUAAGAAUUAUGAAGAUAGCUUCUAAGUUACGAAACAAUAAAUUAUUUUUAAUAACUAA